GGAUGAAUUACAUGAUAACAGUCAAAGAUAAUAAUUUGGGUAUUUUUUAGAUUAUCAUUAUUUAUAACGAUCACUUGAAGUAAUAAUUUUGUCAAUGUAGCAGUCAAAAUUACGUACGAUCACGUCAAGAUGAGAAUAAUAUUAAUUUUAUUUGUAAUUUAUGAAUUGUCAUCAAAUGGGUUUUGUGAAAAAUUUCGUUUCGACAAUUAUUCGUUGUAUAAGAUACUUCCGACAACAGAUGAUCACAUAAAAGUGUUACAAGACCUGCAAAAUGAAGACCCUUAUUUAGAUUUUUGGAAGGAUCCUACACCUAAAGUGCCAUUUGUUAUGGUUCUUUCCAGUCCCGAUAAAAAACCAAAAUUAGAAAACUUUCUCAGCCAACAUGGAAUGGAUUUUGAAAUAACUAUACCAAAUGUGCAAGAAAAUAUCGACAAGGAGACUGUCAGGGAAUACACUAGAAAUAACAAUGGCAGCAUGUCUUGGGACACUUAUUACACUCUCGAUGGUAUUAACAACUGGAUAGCUCAAUUGAUAAAUCAAUACCCAAAUAUUGUUUCUGGUAUAGUUGGAGGAUACAGUUACGAAGGGAGACCUAUAUUAGGCAUCAAAAUAUCCCAUGGACCCGGCAGGAGAGCAGUGGUUUUAGAAGCUGGCAUUCACGCGAGAGAAUGGAUUUCUCCAGCUGCUACCAAUUUUAUCGCUAAUGAAUUAUUGAGCAGUGACGAUGAAAUGACGAAGUCUGCAGCCCGUGACUAUGAUUGGUACAUAUUCCCGGUCACUAAUCCUGAUGGUUACGUUUGGUCAUAUAAGGAGUUUAGAAUGUGGCGCAAAAACCGACGACCCAUUGGAGUUCAUUUUGGAGUUGAUUUGAAUAGAAAUUGGAACAGUAAUUGGCUCCGUUUUGGUGCAAGCACCAACCCAAUUUCUAAUACCUAUGCCGGUACUGGUCCAUUUUCUGAACCAGAAACCAGGAGUUUGUCUGAAUAUCUGAGGACUAUCAAAGACAUGGACUACUAUCUAUCUAUACACUCUUGGGGACAAAUGCUUCUAGUGCCAUUCGGCAACACUACAGAGCCUUUAGACAAUUAUCAUGAUGCCGUUAACAUCGGCAGACGGGCGAUGGGGGCACUAUCAGUGAGGUAUGGAACCAAUUACACUACAGGGAACAUCGCUGAAGUUUUAUACUUUGCGACUGGCGGCAGUGAUGAAUGGGUGAAAGAACACCUCCAUGUUCCAUUCGUAUACUGCUACGAACUCAGAGAUUCAGGCGAACAUGGAUUUCUUCUACCACCAGAACAGAUAAGGCCGACAGGUGAAGAGACCCUUGACUCUAUAGUAGAUCUACUAUUUCAAGCCAGGAGAUUUGGUCUCGUAAGCAGUUCAGGACAUGUAAAAGUAUCACUGUUAAUUAUGUUGACUUCUAUUUUAAUGUUAUCUGUGAUUUAAACAUAUUUAUUUGUAGUUAUAUAUUUUGAAUGUAAUAAAUUAACAAAUUUAUUAAAUGAUCAUACAUUAUAGUUAUUUAUUUUGAUUAUAACAAUAUUUUUGUUAAUUC